AUGAAUAGAGUUGCAGUUGUAGUUUUAGGUGAUAUUGGUAGAUCACCAAGAAUGCAAUAUCAUUCAAUGUCAUUAUCAAAAUUAGAGAAUACCAAAGUUACAUUAAUAGGUUACAGAGAGAGUGAACCACAUCCACAAAUUGUUAAUAAUGAUUCGAUUACAAUUGAACCAUUAAAACCAUUUCCAAUAUCAAUGUCAAAUUCAUUUAAAAAGAUACCAUUAAUUUCGAUAUUUAUGUGGCCACUAUUAGCGAUAUGUAAAGUACUUUUUCAAAUUAUUCAAUUAAUGUAUGUACUAUUAGUUAAAGUUCCAUCACCAUUGAAUACGAUAUUGGUUCAAUCUCCACCUGCAAUUCCAACAAUAUUCGUAAUGCAAAUAGUUUGUUGGAUUAGAGGUGUUCAUUUAGUAAUAGAUUGGCAUAAUCUUGGUUAUACUCUAUUAAAAUUAUCACUUUCUAAAUCUGAUAAUCAUCCAAUCAUUCGUUUAGCAAAAUUCAUUGAGCGUUAUUUCGCAAAGAAUGCCUACGCUCAUUUAUUCGUAACAAAUGAAAUGAAAAUUCAAUUAGUUAGAGAUUGGAAUUUAAAGGGAAAAACAUUUGUAUUUCAUGAUAAAGCCUCACCAAUUUUUAAGAGUUUAACAGAUAGAGAACAAGAAGAAUUUUUAAAAACAUUUAUAAAUAAAUAUUCUAUUAAAGGUGAGGAUAAAGUUUAUAUUGAGUCUGUAAUUUCAAAGAAAUCAAUUAGAAAUCCAAAACAACAAACUUCAAUUAUAAUCUCUUCAACAAGUUGGACACAAGAUGAAGAUUUUUCAAUAUUACUAGAUGCAAUUGUGAAAUAUGAUAUUGAGCAUGCUAUAAACAACAACAACAACAAAGUAGAGGAAGCACAAGAUGAAUCAGUUGUUUUAGCAGAGAAUUUAUUAUUUAUUAUUACUGGUAAAGGACCACAAAAAGAAUAUUAUCAAGAGAAAAUAAAUUCAUUAUCAUUAAAGAAAUCAAGAAUCAUUACAGUUUGGUUAGAUUCUGAAGAUUAUCCAAAACUAUUGGCAUGUUGUGAUUUAGGUGUUUCACUUCAUAAUAGUAGUAGUGGUAUUGAUUUACCAAUGAAAGUGGUGGAUAUGUUUGGUUGUUGUUUACCAGUUUUAGCAAUUGAUUUCAAAUGUAUUGGAGAAUUGGUUAAAGUUAAUUACAAUGGUUUCCUAUUCAAAGAUUCUGAUCAACUACAUCAAUUAUUAAAUCAAUUAUUUACUCAUCCUACCAAUAACAAUACCAUUACCAAUACCAAUAACAAUAAGAAUUUAAUUUUAGAGAAAAUGAGAAAAAAUUUAACAAAAGAUAGAGAAACUGACACUUGGGAAAGUAAUUGGUUAACAAUUAAACCAUUAUUCAUUCCAUCAUCAUCAUCAUCAUCAUCAUCAUCAUCAUCAUCAUCAUCAUCAUCAUCAUCAUCAUCCUCUUCAAACUCAAAAUCAAAGAAAGAUUAA